UUCAACAUCAUACUCAUACACCAACAAAAUGGCGAAAAAGAAGGCACCCUCAAUCCACUCCCGCGCCGCUCGUCGCGCAACAGACAUCGACAUCGACACCGACAAGUCUCUAAAAGAAAUCAAGCCUCCCCGCGAUGCCACCCAACGUCCCUCCGUUCUAGCGGCGCACCACUCCGCUGGUAUCACCAAGAAGGCCAAGCGCGGUCGCAAAGAGAAGAUGUCUGCCAAAGCUAGGAAACGUCAUGAGAAGGGCCUCGAGAUGGCUGCUGCUGUUGUGGAGCGUACCAAGAGUAAGGUCGAGAAGAGUAAAGGUCGAGGGAGGAAUAUUCAGCAGAGAAGUAAAAAUUGGGAUGAGAUUAACAAGGCUGCUGAAGAGGCUGAUGGUGCGGAGAGUGCGGAGAGUGAUGCCGAGGUGAAGGGGCGUGGAGUCGAUAUGGACGAGGAUAUGGAUGUUGCGGACGAGGCCUUGCCGUCUGCAGAGGUCACCACUCCUGCGGCGGUACCUCUACCCGCAGACGAGGAUGGUGAUGAGAUCCUUUAGUUCUUGGGACUGGACUUUGGAGUUUGGUGUCUAAAAUGGGCUCAAUAUCCGGGAGACGACAACCGGACUGAUGACUUUCUUUAUUCGGCUAUAGACUUGACUGGCAGAUACCCAGUAGAUUAUGUUAUAUCAAGCAUUUACGCG